CACAAGGCCGCUCGAGUCACCAACUCGUCUCGUCGUGACUCGUUUCAACUUCACAACUACUCGUCGCUGGGGGUACUGGCCAGAGUGAGCCUCACCAACACUUCACACUCCUUCUCGGAGUUCCGAGAAGCGAGUCAUCGUGAGAGGAGGAAGAUACCAGGCCCCAAUCGCCCACUAUGCCUACAUUUCGCGACCGGCUAGGCAAGUACCUGCCGAUGAUCGGGUACCACCACGUGCUCAUGAUUAUCAUCGCGGUCGCCAUCAUCUUGCUAUCUCUUCUAUUGGCCGGCUGUUCAUCGUCCUCCCCGCAGAUCCCCGACAUCUUCCUCAUUUCCCUGUACUAUGAGCGCUACAAACCUACCUUCAACCUCGCUCAGGUCGACCCGGGUGUGGUGACCGCAACGGCGAAUAUAGUGGGAGGAGCCCAGAUGGAGGUCCGCGUGGGAUACUUUGGGAUCUGCGUGCAGCCCGACGCCGGGUCGUACAUCUGCAAUGCCAAUGCGACGGCGCUGGCGGAGAUUGUCACGGUCGACCAAGACCCGCUGAACCUGAUCUGGGUGGCAUCGACGUUCAAGGACGCAGUUGUCUUUCCGUACCUACUCAUCAUUGCUGUCAUCCUCGCCUUCUUUUGUUUUGUGCUCCUCGCUACCUUCCCCGGCUGGCACGAGGAGAUCGACGCCAGUGGCUCGGAAGUGGAAGCCAAGCCGUUCCCAUCGCGCCCCGUGUCCCAGGCCGCGUUGGCCCUGAUCUUCGUGGCGUCGGUAUUUGUGCUCGUCUCGGUAUUAUGGCAGCACACGGCCUCCGUCGCCGCGAGCACCAUCGCCCAGGACAUGGGCAACGGAAGCGUGAAGAGCGGAGUCGGCACGUCAGCCAUGGUGCUCGGUUGGUUUGGAUUCGGACUUCUGGUCGUGGUGACGAUAGGGCUGCUGGUUAUGAUUCUCAGCAUCAGCCUAUUAAACCGGUUGACAGAUGAAGCUUAGCCGGCCCUUCCCUGUCUUCAUGACUUUUCUUUCUGUUUGUCUUUUUUUGUUCUGCGUUUGCUUUUUUUCUUUCUCUUCUGCGUGACACCCCGCGCGCA